ACCGAUGUCGGCUUCUAUCGUCAGGCUGAUCGGGCGAGGUCGGACAACUUCGUCCUGAGUUCGACUAAGGUCGUCUUUGACCGCCUCAGACCGCCUCUACCGAGCGUUCCAUAUAUUAAGGGUGCGUGCUGGGAAAGCUAAUCUCUUUUCUUUAUUACAGGGUGAAAGAUUAAAGAAAAUUCCAACCCUGCUACCCUGGAAAUUCCAAGGUAUACCCUGCUACCUAACAUUACCAAAACUAUUGAUUAUCUUUAUAUCUAUGAAGUGUUCGAAUGUUCCAAUAUCGAUAUAGGUACAAGGUUUUCCCUACGAUUCAAGUGGAUGAUACGAUACAGUUGAAUAAGCAUUACUGUAUGGUUGUACAAUGGAGGUCGUUGUUCGAAACACGUUUCGACAUUGAAAAAUUUCUUUAAAGCAUAAAACCGGUAUUCUAUCUUAUUUCCUUUUAAAUUUAUAUUACCUUCAACAAACGAAGGUUCCGCGAAGAUAACUACUCAACCAGUUAAAUUACCAAAAUAAUCGAAAUUUCUUUCAAGUUCUAAAUUUAUCUUCUCGGCUUUAAAUUAAAACGUAUAUAUUUAAAUAUCUAUCGAAUAUAUCGAAAACGCGUAAAGUAUUUACGAGUAAAUGUUUUUGCAACGACCUUUACAUCUAAUUAUUGUUAACGCGAAAAAAAAAUAUAAUUCUGAUAAGCGUUGCAAUUUCUUCUCACUUACAAUGAUUAAAUUUCUGGAAAAAAAAAGAAAUAUUUAACUUUGAUUUAAAAGAACUGUAAACAUAAUUAUAAUCUCUGAUUAAACUAGCGGAAAUUGGUAUUAAAUGAUUAGAGGGAAAGAAAUUUUUGUUCCUUUUUUUUUUUCGUGUGAAGCAAUGAAAUAUCAAUUGAGAGCAUAAAAAAUGUUGAUAUACAAAAUGGAAACGUGUGUCACUAAUAAACAAAGAGAUAGCAGCAAUGAAAUGACGUAAAGAGAAUAAUAUCGCUAUCUUUCUCGGAAUAAUUUCGAACACUCCAUUACUUGGUUUCCUCGUGACACGUCACUGAUGCGCCGUGACGGUUGCUCUUUACGACUUCGAACAAGGCUGCCAACUUUUGAAGGCCGAUACUGUAGAAUGUAGAAGAUCAGCAGGGGAAAAAAGGGAGCGAAAUACCUUUACUUUUCGUUGCAUAGUUGAGUGAAAUAUUUAUGCAAUAUUUUUUUUUUCAAACCAAAUUUUAAAAGCAACAGACAAUUCUAUGGUAACUAACAAUACUGCGAACUGGAAGAAUCUUUGUAUAGUUGAAAGCCGAACAAGUACAGUUAUAUGCACAAAGGAAAACGAAAUUCUUUGUUUCCAAUAAAUUUAACCACUUUAAAUAGAUUUCACGUGUAUGCAAUGUUUCUUAAUUAAUACAAUGUAAUUUGCAUUUCUUUUUUUUUUUCAUUCAAUAAAUUUAGAUGCACAUGCAUUAAUGAGAAUCUUCAACGAUGAUCGUUUUAAUGUGUCACAGUUAUAUGUGGUAAGGUGCAAAUUAGCUGUACAAAGUGGACAGCUGAAAGCAAAUCAGUACGUCUAUUCAUAGUCCGAUAAGCAUUUAAGUUUGCUGUAACAAAGAGGCAUAAGGCCGUCACGCAUUCGACGUAGGAACACAGUCAUAUGGGAUGGCUCAUAGUUCUCAAAAUUAUGGAUCCACUGAUCAACGGUCAGAUGUACCUGACGUGGGAUUUAGUCCUACUGAACUAUAUAGUCUCAGUGAAAAUAUUACUACAAAUAUAUAUACAAUUAAUACAACAUGGAAGAUACUUGAACGUGCAUAUAAAAAUAUUGGAACCAAUAAAGAUAAUCAAGAUCUAAGAGAUAAGGUGCAUGUAACACAGUUAAGCACAAAUCAGAUAAUAACUCAGACAAGUAAAGAUAUUGCAAGACUGACAGUACUAAUGAGAAGAGGGGAUAAACAACAGAAGUUACAAAUUGAAAAGCUUACCACUGAUUUUAAAGAUGCUGUGCAAAGAUACUCAGACAUGCAAAAGUCAGUUGCAGCAAAAAUGAAGAGAUAUAUUUUACCUACAACUAGCGUAGAAAAUCCUGUGGAUCCUGAUGAUGAAGAACAACAACGUCUGCUCCAAGUGCAAGAAGAUGAGCAACAAGCAAAACAAAGGAGUCUUGAAUUCCAACAAGGAUUACUGUUCGAGCGAGAAGAUAGGAUAAAACGAAUCGAAGGAGAUAUUUUAGAUGUAAAUCAAAUAAUGCGCGAGCUUUCAGCACUUGUGUAUCAGCAAAAUGAUACGAUCAACACGAUAGAUAACAAUAUAGAAAAUGUACAUGGAAACGUGGAGCUUGGUACACAAGAAUUAAUUAAGGGAAGUAAUUACCUAAGUAAAUAUCGGCGAAAAGUUUUUGUGUUGUUGUUACUUGCGAUCAUAGUCGUUGUUAUACUAAUUAUUAUUCUAGUCACUAAACUAAGUUAGCGUUCCUAACCACCACAGAUACGAACAGAUGAAAAGGGCUGUCUCAAUCUGUCUUAUAUUGAUAGUAAGAUGAAUAUCAAAGGAAAAUAUAAAUUGCCAGUUUGUAUAUUGGACAAUGCAAUAUGGGGAGAGGAUAGACUUAUUUUAUAUUCAUUUGUAAAUUGAUUAAUAUGUAAUUUGAAUGUGUUAUUUUUGAUUAUUUUCAAACUCUCAAAACAUUUUAUAUUAUUCUUAAUGUAUCUCUGCUUUUUUAAAGUCUUUGUUUUAAAAUAAUCUGAAUUGUUUUAGAUUAAAACAUAACAAAGGUAUAUUGAAUACCUGCACUAUCCUUUAUAACAGGUUUCUAAUAGCGAAUGAAAUAAAUUUACACUUUUCUUUCAAGAAACGAUUAAAAAAUUAUAAUUAAUACAAAGCAGUUAUUGUCACUUCUAUUAUAUGUGCAAACUAUUAUUUCAUAGUAAAUUUGAUAAAUCAUUUUAAUUGCUUUAUAUGUUAUUCUCAAAUAAAAUAUACAGCAUUGUAAAUGCAACAAGCGUUUGAGGUGAUGUUAAUGUUAUAGUUUCAAAUUUUAUGGUAUCAUAUAUACAUAUAUUGUUUGUUGAGAAUACAUAUUAAAAUUGUCUACUCUAUUGUUCAACUAUUUUAUAAUCUAUAAUAUUUUUAAUAUUUAUUAGUAUGAAACAAUAAUUUACAGUAAAUAUUACAGUUGCUAAAAAAGCAUGCGAAAUAAUUUUCAGGGAGAUUAGUUUAUCUUAGAGCUAUAUGAAAUAAAUGUGGCACUAAAUUGGUGAUAAUGAUUGGUAACAAACGAUAUCGAUAAUGUAUACUGAAUAAUUUCUUUUACAACUCUGUUAAAGUAUGUACUGGUGUGUUUUAACAUGAUUGUUUCUUCGAUAAGUACGGUAUUUUUUAUUAUAUAAUAUAAAUGUUACCCAUAGGCAUUGCUCAAUUUUUAUUAAUCAAAUGAAUGUGAUGAAAAGUGAUAAUUAACCAUUAUGUUACGUUUUUUGAUUUCAUUGUCAAUAAGUGCUUUUUUCACUAAUGUGUUUGUAAAUGCUUCGUAUAUUUACUUUGGAAUAAGAAAUUUUAUACUUAAAUAACUGAUACAUGUUUUAUUACUACAUACGGCAACAAUGUAUAAUAAUACUAUAUGGAAUAAUAUUUUCGUAUUUCAUUUUGCAUAUAAAUUUAUACAUGCUCUAAACAAGGUUUACUCCAUUGCUCUUUCACAUAAAUUGUAACCAUUUGAAAUGUUUCAUUAUAUAAAUCUAUUAUGUAUGUUGUGUGCUUCAAUUUUUAUUUGUCUUGCCUUUAUGGAAACACGGGUACUAAGAAAAUUUCACUAAAAUAUGUGAUAUACUUUACUAUUUGUAUCACAUAUUACAGAGGAUGCCUAUAAUGACUUUUUUUGAAAUCAUCUUUAAAUUUAAACUUUUUAUGCAAAUCUUAUUAGGCGUAUAAUAUAUUUAAAUGGAAGCAUGUAUGAACAUAUAUGAAGUGACAAAACGUUUAUAAUCAUAAUCUACAAAGCAUAAUAGAAAUGUACAAAUUGUGAAUAUAAUUUUUUAUAAUCAGUCUUCAUUAGGAUUUUAUCGUUUAUUAUAGAUCGCUUGUACAUCUGCUAAAGCUUACAGGUUAACAAUGAAAAAUAUAUUACAUAUAUAAUUGUAAGAUUGAGAUAGCCAAUUUCAGAAGAUCGAUUUGAUUCAUAUGAUUAUUAGGCAUUCCAAAAUCUAAAAAUCCAGUGAUUACAUUAUCAUUAAGAUUAUAACUUAAAUAUUGUAUAUACAACUAACCAUUGACAUUCAAAAUAAAUCACAUUAUAUAUAA